AUGAUUGAUGAAGAUUCGAUAUCGGUCGUCAUUACGGCCUCCAAGGAAGUGGAAAGCAAUGACGCACUGGAUAACGACGAAGGUGACGUCAAAAGCCAUGCCAAGGGCCAUAAAUAUACACUAUACACGGUCUUUGUGCGCAACAUUUCAACGGGCGGCAAGUGUGUGGUUAGGAGACGCUACUCGGAUUUUUACAAGCUGCGCAAAGAGCUCAUGGAGCUCGUGUCCUGGGGCCACUGCGGCUUUUGCGAGCAGUAUCUGAAGCAGAUUCAAGAAUACCCUUUCCCACGUCGACGGCUGCUACGAUCAAGUCGAGCCGCAAUUGUAAAGGAGCGCAUGGACAGUCUUGGACUGUUUCUUAGACACAUGCUGCUGUGCAUCAUGGCCCGCAGUUUUGAGAGCUGCUCGCAGGCCUCUGAGAAUAUUGAGAGCUGCAUCUUGAAGUCGUUUUUGCAGAUGGAAGAGAAAGAGAAUCUGUUAUCGACCAUGGCCUCCAAGCAACGUCCUAUUGAGAUAUUGCAAGCUAUGGAAGAGAAGCGGCAGCAGCAGCUUAAAGCUGCGGGGCUUCGCACACAGAGCUUGGCAUGCACGAAGCUGUCAGAUCAGGCCGAGCAAUCCAUGCUGUUGCGCAAUCAACGCCAGGUCGGCACGGACACGUGCCAUUACUGCCUGCAGAAGUGGACACAUUGCUAUUGCAAUAGUGACCAGGACAGCGUGUUCCCUGUCCACGUCGCUGCAGCAAAUGGGUGUAAGAGUCCCGCAAGUGAGCGUCCUAGCGUUUCGAUGGGAGACAGUGAUGCAAGUCGUUGCAGUCGAUGUGAGAAGGACUGGAACCACUGCUACUGCUGCCAACAAGUAUCUCCUACUAUUUCGUCCGUCUGUACGGACAAUUGA